UAACCCUGCAUGCAACUUCCGCCAUAUCAAAACAAAUCUUUGCAGCCAAAAGAAGAACUUCUGUGCAAUCAAUGGCUACUAGCAUCAGUACAGGCUCUAGUGCCGAAUCAUCACAAAACAAGGUUUGUAAAGAAAUCAUACGCUGUGUUAACUUUGCAGCAUUGAAGCACAAGGACCAACGCAGAAAAGAUGAAAACCAAACACCGUAUGUGAACCAUGUUAUAGGGGUUGCAUAUAUUUUAACCCAUGAAGCAGGAGUGUGUGAUAUCCCAAUUAUUCAAGCUGCACUACUUCAUGACACUGUUGAAGACACAGACACAAGCAUUUAUGAAAUUCAGACUGAAUUUGGGGAAGAUGUAGCCAAUUUAGUAAGGGAAGUAACAGAUGACAAAACACUCUCAAAAGAGGAAAGAAAGCGCAAUCAAAUUCUUCAUGCACCGCAGUCUUCUAAUCGAGCCAAACUUGUGAAGCUGGCAGAUAAAUUAUACAACCUCCGUGACUUAAGGCGCACCACCCCGCAAGGCUGGACACAGGAACGAGUGCAAGAGUACUUUGAAUGGGCAGCAAAAGUCGUAGCGGGAUUAAGGGGAACAAACAAAAAUUUGGAGGAUACACUGGAUGUGCUGUUUUCCGAGAGGGGCAUACAUAUAUGAUUUUUAAUUUGACAGCUUUUGUUUUGAAAUUACAGCUAACAAGAAGUUGUUUAGAUUUAAACCCCUGGGUCAAUAUUUUUAUAAGGCAACUUGUACUGUUUACCUCAGGUAAGUAACUAUUUGAGAAUGUUUUAAGAUUAUAGUGCCAUUAAAUAGUUGUAUCUGAUCAUUUAAUCCAUUGAAAAGUGUAGAUUAUUAUAGUUACCCCGUAAGACUUACAACUAAACUGUGUUACUAAUAUCAACAGUCAACAUAGAUAGAAGAUAUCACUAAAUGAAAUUCAGCCUGAGGUAUUUAAACAGUGCUAUCUCUUACCAUGUCUAGAAUCUAGUUUCUGAAAUAAAAUUCUCACACAACUUUAUGUUAUAGGGUCAUCUUAGAUAUGUUGUAUUGAGCAAAGAUAGUGGGACAUUUCUGAUUAAAGCAGAGAAUCACUGAUUCCAUUGCCACCAAUGGUAUGUGUAUACUACAGUGGAUGAGAAAAGAAACUGAGUAUCAUUUUGAUUUGCUGUAUGUUAUGUUAAAAAUGGCAAAAGAAAAGUUGUUUUGUAAAAAUCCACUUAUCAUUUUUUUUAAAACAGUAAUGGAAUAUCAUAGACAGCAUGUAUUAAAUGCUUAAAUGUUCUGUUCCUAAUUUGACCUUUAAAUAGUGCAAUAUCAUAAAUGGUUAUUUGCCAGUAUUUGAAUGUGAGUCACAGAAUGGCUUUAAAUGUUUUUUCUUUUUUUUUGUCUUGUGUGAUACUUAUUUACCAUAGGAUUUUAUAUCCAAUUUGACAUUUAUUUUAUCUCUCUGGUUGAUCAAUUGCUUUGUUAAAGAUUUGUGUAUGUAAGUUUGUCUUGUUCUUUGAAGUCAAAUAUUUGCAUACUAUUAACAUUUAGUUGAGAUGACUAUAAAAGGCGCCACUUGUAGUCUACUAAAAUAUAAAUUGUUAUGCCAGUGAAACCAUGAUUCACAGAAAGGCAUUUUUUAAAAUAAAAUAUAUUUAUUUUCCAUUGAAAUAGGUUUUUAACUGUGAAUAGCAACAUUUUUAGUGUGCAACUGGUAAGAAAAAAUAAUCAUUAAUCCCUUUGUUUUAUAGUUAACAAUAAUCCACUUGUUAAAAUUACAAGUAACUUGUUUAAUUAUUUAUGAAAUCUAAUGCAGAUAUUAUUCUUGAGAGUUUUUCAAAUCCUAAACUCAUAAGCAACAUAUUUUUAAAAUUAUUAUUUACUGCGGGAAUAUCCUAUUGUGGUCAUGACCUUACUUUUACAUGGACUUUUUUUUUAAUGCUGGGAAAAAUGAAAUGUUUAUUUAAUAGAGAAUUAUGUAUGACUUUUUCCACAUUUCUAAGUUUAUCUAUAAAUCAUUUGUUCAAGUAAUACUUUUUUUAAAUGCUAGUUAUCUCCAUUGGAAAGCAAAGUGGUUGUGCUAGAAGCUUUGUUACUGCACAAUUACAUUUGUUCUGAACAAAUCCUCAACAGUUGCUUGAGAAUUCAGAUUGUUUUCUUGGCACUUAUUGAUGCAACAGUUCAUUAAAUACUCUGACUGAUCUAUUACCACCAUUAACAUCAAAACUUGUUGCUAGUUUUCAUCAAUCCCUAUUUGACUACUGCAACUUUACUCGGUAAUUUGUACUUUGAUAAAAUCUUUAGAAUUUGUUUUAUGGUUGUCUGUACAGCAUGGCUUAUAUCCUAUUUAUUUUAAACUAAAAACAUGAUCAUCUAGUUUUAUCUCAUAACCAAGGAAAACCCAAUAUAUAAUGUUAACUAUUUUUUUAUUUAUUUUUUGGCAAAAAUUCAUAAAAAUUAAUUAUUAAAAACAUACUUGUAGUUUCAGAUUUGCUUUAGACAGCAUUUUUCAUUCACCAUACUUUUUUAAACUGCUGUUAAGUCCUAGUAGCUCAUGCUGCAUGGUGGAUUUCCUGGUUAGUAUAGCCUAAAGAAACUUGACAUGCUGUACAUACCUGCUUAUGUAAAGUAAAAUGAUCAUCAUUGUAAGUGUAGUAAAAUAUCUAUGUUUACAUAUCGGUUAUAAUGCAACACAUUCCAGCAUUAUAUUUUCAAAUGUUGUAAUCAAUUGGAAACUACCAAUCUGACAUAUUUUGAUAUUUAUGUAUAGGCCUACUAGAUAUAGGUGUGAUUAUUAAAUGGUAUCAUUGAUUUCAAGAUAUAGGAUAAUUUAAAAAAAAUGAAACCUUGUACAUUUUGCUGGCAACAACUCCAUCAUGAAGAUGUUUUUCUGGGGGCUGUGUGGUCUGGUUUGUUCCACUAAUAAAAUUGAGUACUGUUUUUAAUGGCUUGAUUUAUAUUCUCUCAGUUUUAAUUCAGUUUACUUCUCUUUAAAAAUAAUGUUUUUUUUUUGUUUCAAUCUUGUUUUUAGACCAGUUUAUAUCUAAUUUUGUUUACUAUUUAAACUGCAUAUUUUUGUUCCAUAAAAUAAGCUGUAUUUUGAAUAGUUUACCUUUAUAUUUAUUAUAUGCAACAAAAUACAAUUUGUUUAUUGAAAUAGUUAAUAUAAAAAAAUAUCAAGAAAAAUAAAUGCUUAUAUUUAAAUGAUAAUUGACAAUAUUAUGAGUAGGCCUAAAGCUAUUUUCUCUUUAGUUUCUGUAUCUAAGAUGUUGAAUUUUAUAGUAGUUUACCUUAAUGUGAUUGUAACUUGUGCCAUUUAAAGAAGCCUUGGUGAAUUUUAGCCUUUAAAUUGUUUCAUCUUACCCAUUGUCUAUUACAGGCCAUGUUUUAAAUGAAAAAAGUGUUAGUUAUAUGUCCAUAAAUCAACUAUAUGUAGUUUACAUUUUGUUGUGCUGAUGAUACAUCUUGAUAUAUAGAAUGCUGUAUGGACAUAAAUUAGCUGGCUGAGACUCUGGUUGAAAACAUAUUUAGAUAGUUAGCUGAUAAUGUUUCACAUUUUUAAAAUAUAUUUGCAACAUAGCAGAUGCAUUAAACACUGUCCCAAAACUUGAAACAUAGCUGAUGCAAUGACCACUGGCCUGAAUAUUGGGACAUAGCUGAUGUGAUUACUACUAGCCCAAUACUUGGGAAAUAUAGCAGAUGCAAUAACCAUUGGCCCCAAUCUUGAAACAUCGUGGGCACAAUGGCCACUGGCCUGAAUAUUGGGACAUAGAUGAUGUGAUCACUACUAGCCCGAUACUUGGAACAUAACUGAUGCAAUGACCACUUAACCAAAACUUGGAGGCAUAGCAGAUGCAAUGACUACUGGCCUGAAUAUUCAGACAAAGCAGAUGUAAUGAACAAUAGUAAAGUUCAAUACUUGGGACAUAGCUGAAGCAAUGACCACUGGCCUGAAUAAUGAAAUAAAGCUAAUGUAAUGACCAAUAGUAUAGCCCAAUACUUGGGACAUAGCGGAUGCAAUGACCACUGGCCUGAAUAAUGGGACAAAGCAGAUGUAAUGACCAAUAGUAUAGCCCAAUUCUUGGGACAUAGCAGAUGCAAUGACCACUAGCCCUAUACUUGGGACCUAGUGGAUGCAAUGACCACUGUCCUGAAUAAUGAAAUAAAGCUAAUGUAAUUACCAGUAGUAUAGCCUAAUACUUGAGACAUAGCAGAUGCAAUGACCACUAGCCCAAUACUUGGGACCACUAGCCCAAUACUUGGGACAUUGCCGAUGCAAUGACCACUGGCCUGAAUAAUGAAACAAAGCCGAUGUAAUGACCAAUAGUAUAGCCUAAUACUUGAGAAAUAGCAGAUGCAUUGACCACUGUCCUGAAUAAUGAAAUAAAGUAGAUGUAAUGACCAAUACUUGGGACAUAGCGGAUGCAAUGACCACUUGUUAAACACUUGAAAACUGCUGGAGAACUACUCAAACACAGCCUACUAGCUGCUGAGAUAACCAUAGCCACCUAUUUGGAAAUCAAUUUAGAUUUUUAUAUCUAAUCUUUACAGUAGAGAUCAUGGAAUCAUCUUUGAUAUUGAUACAGUGAAUCUGUAUAGCAUGUGUUAAUAUUUUGCUUUUAACAGUAUUAAACACUGUUUUUGUGAUGAACAACCAUGAAUAUAUUUAGAUCAAACAGUAUUUUAUCUCCCUGCUUGUUUAUUAGUCAAUAUGGAUAAUGGUAGAAUAGUUUUGUCCAUACUGAAAGUGUAAUAUGUAGUGUUUGUCUAAUAAAUAAUCCUGAAACAAUAGAAUAGGUAGUUUCUUUUGUUAUGUUUUUUUUUGUUCUAAAAUUGUAAUUUAAAAUUUUUUUGUUGUUGCUUAGUAUUUUAAAAAAAAUGAUUGUGUUGUAUAUUUUAAAUGCUAUUUUGUAUAUCAUCUGUUAUAUCUGGUAAUUAAUGUUCAAUUCUAAUUCCAUUGUCUUAUGUUAACAAUUAAUGUUUUAAUAGUUAAAACAAAAAUACUUUUGCAUCCAUUGAUUACCAUCCAUACUUCGGUGUGCUUGAAUUUUGUAAUAGCAUGAACAUGCAUAGAACAAUUCAUCUUGCAUUGUGCUUAAUUGUCUGUUGUGUAUCUUAGAUUUUCCUAUAAUUUAACAAUAUUUGUAUUAUUUUAUUAUGGAGGAGGGGAGAUAACCACUCUAUUUUUUUCCCCUUAAUAACAAAGACAAAUAUUUUAAAUUUUUUUUUUACAAGUUUAGACUUUUGUUCUCCUUAUAAAUUUACACAGUAAGCACAUUCAUUUCACAAGUAGUCUUGGGUAAAUAAAGAAAAAUUUAUUUUUAUUACACAAAACGUUAUAGAUCUAUAUCAAUUGGAGAAAUUUAUUUAGUGCACUGUCACAUUUAAAAUACCAUCUUUUCACAUUUAUUGAGAUAUAAAUUUUUUACAUAGAAAUAUUUAACUGCUUUACAAUAAUAACUAUUUUAUGAUUGUAUGUGUAUACCUAAAUGUUAGAUCAAGCUUGAACUGUGAAGACUGAGCAUCUGCAAGCUGUCUCUGUAGUCUUUACGAAGCCUUGACCUUUACCUUGUUGACAUAGAUGAUGAAAUUGUUACAAUUUACCACCCUUUAGAGUUGUGUACAACCUAUUCAUCAUCCUUUAGAGUUGUUUUACACAUGUGCAUUGAUAUUACUGGUGUUGGUUAACUGUUGAUAUUAUACAUUGUUUGUCUUCAUUAAUAAAGCUUUUGAAUGGAUA